AUGAGGGCAAUUUCAACCCAGACCCAAGGUCUCAAAGCAACACAAACCACGUCACUUGUUCAUUCAUCUGAAAGGUCCUCUCCUACUACUUUCUCUCUCCUCAAGAAUCCCAUAUCAGAUUGUUGUAGAUUUUCAUCAAAGCAGAACUCAUUUCUCAGAGGACAGUUCCAUGCUAAACACCUCCUUGGAUUGAAUUCCACUAUUGGACAUAGAAAACGUGCGGGAAUUGUGGUUUCACCUAGCAAUGUCCUUCCACUAACUGAGGAGAAUGUUGAGAGGGUGUUAGACGAGGUGCGGCCAGGUCUAAUGGCAGAUGGAGGGAAUGUUGCACUACAUGAGAUUGAUGGGCUUGUUGUGGUACUGAAGCUACAAGGAGCAUGUGGGUCUUGUCCGAGUUCAACGAUGACACUAAAGAUGGGAAUUGAAACUCGGCUUAGAGAUAAGAUCCCGGAAAUUCUAGAAGUGGAACAAAUUCUUGAUACUGAGACUGGCCUUGCGUUAAAUGAGGAGAAUGUCGAAAAGAACUCAUUUCUCAGAGGACAGUUCCAUGCUAAACACCUCCUUGGAUUGAAUUCCACUAUUGGACAUAGAAAACGUGCGGGAAUUGUGGUUUCACCUAGCAAUGUCCUUCCACUAACUGAGGAGAAUGUUGAGAGGGUGUUAGACGAGGUGCGUCCAGGUCUAAUGGCAGAUGGAGGGAAUGUUGCACUACAUGAGAUUGAUGGGCUUGUUGUGGUACUGAAGCUACAAGGAGCAUGUGGGUCUUGUCCGAGUUCAACGAUGACACUAAAGAUGGGAAUUGAAACUCGGCUUAGAGAUAAGAUCCCGGAAAUUCUAGAAGUGGAACAAAUUCUUGAUACUGAGACUGGCCUUGCGUUAAAUGAGGAGAAUGUCGAAAAGGUUCUUGCAGAGAUUAGACCAUACCUGUCUGGCACAGGUGGUGGAGUACUGGAGCUUGUUCAAAUCAAUGACUAUGUUGUCAAAGUUCGGCUCAGUGGACCUGCAGCUGGGGUAAUUACAGUGCGCGUUGCUCUAACACAAAAGCUGAGAGAGAAAAUUCCCUCCAUUGCUGCUGUCCAGUUGAUAGAGUAA